AUGAACUAUUCGCGCGGGCUCCCCACCGGCUUUACUUUUGCUGGCGGACCGGUCGUCGAUCUGACCCAGCAGCGCCCUGCGCCCAAUCGCUCUCCGCUGCUGGAAGAGUUCCGCUCGAGGGGCACCCGUAGACGUCUGGACCUCAUGGAUAUCCGCGGCCACGUCGUCGAGUUCAGUUCGGAUCAGUAUGGCAGCCGCUUCACCCAAGAGAAGCUCGACUCCGCGAGCGACGAGGAGCGUCAACUCGUCUUUGACGAAAUCCUCCUCAGCGCUCGCGAGGUGAUGAACGACGUCUUUGGCAACUAUGUCGUGCAGAAGCUCUUUGAGUUUGGCACCCCUCAGCAACGCACGCUUUUAGUCGAUCAGAUGCACGGCUACGUCGUCCAGCUUUCACUCUGCACUUACGGCUGCCGCGUGGUUCAGAGGGCACUCGAAUGCGUGCCUCUCUCUCAGAAGCUUCUUCUCUCUACGGAGCUCGAGCCGCAGGUGUUGACGUGUGUGAAGGACCAGAAUGCCAACCACGUUGUUCAAAAGCUCUUGGAACGCCUGCCACCCGAGGCCGUCGAUUUCGUCCCCCGAGCAUUCCAAGGCAACGUCCAGGCACUCGCUUCGCACUGCUACUCUUGCCGAGUACUUCAGCGCGUAUUCGAGCACUGCCGCGCGGACCAAUCGAGGCCAUUACUGGAUGAGCUCAUGCAGCAGCCUUCGAUAGCCAUGGAGGAUCAGUACGGCAACUACGUCAUGCAGUGGAUCAUCCUCCAUGGUGCCGAAGUCGACCGCACAGGUAUCAUUCAAGUCACGAAAGGUAACAUGCUUCGGUUGAGCAUGCACAAAUUUGCGAGCAACGUCGUCGAAGAGGUCGUUCGUCAUGCACCCGACAUCGACCGCGAAGAACUUAUCGAGGAGACAAUGAAGCCAGUACCUGCUCGCCCAUCAGCGCAGAUGCUCAUCAUGAUGAGAGACCAGUACGGUAAUUACGUAGUGCAGCGUCUACUUGAACAUGCACGGGGCACCCAGCGCGAGCGCUUGAUCGCCAUCGUUCGCCCGUUCCUGCAGCAUAUGAAGCGCUUCACGAGCGGCUUCACAAAGCAUCUGAACGCAAUUGAGAGGCUCCUCGACACGCCCGGGCACAACACGGUCCGAGUCAGCACCGGAACGAGCACCGAAGAUCUGGCAGCCAAGGCAAGCACUGCCCUAUCCAUCUCCGACAAUUUCAACGAAACGCACCUUCCGACUCUCACGCCUGCUCCUACGAACCCGUGA